UAUUAACGUGAAGUUAAACAGUGUGUUUCGCAGAGUUUCGCCUGCAAUAACCUAUUUCGCAAAGUCACUGUUAAUGUGAAAAAUGUACUUUUGUAUUGUGGAGUUUUGUAAACGGUAUGGUGCUGUCGAAUUUGCUGUUGUUCCAUUGCUAUGGAUCACUAAAAAAGGGACUAAAUGUUAUUGGCCAUCCUCAACUAACAAGAAACCACUACACAUAUUUGUACAAACCUUUCCGCUGCCUAAUAAAAAUUGGAGGCAAUAUAAAAUUGAAAAAAUUCAUUUUAAAACAGAAUCAUACCCAGCUGCAGAAAGAGAACUAGACAAAAUAAUUACAGAGGUGGAGGACAUAAUUAGCGCAUCGAACGCUUCUACUGAAACCAGUGUUAUUCGAAAAAGAACAUUGUCAACAGAUGUCAGCGACUCAAGCGAUAAUGAGGAUAAUCCCAUACAACCUUCAAAUUCACAACAAUCGGGAUCUUCAACCGCUGCAGUCAUAACUGAUAUUUUACCAAACGCGAUUCAUAACGAAACAGAAAUGCUGAAUAUCAAUUUGACACAAUGGCAAGCCCCAACUACUUCAGUCACACCUAACUGUCCAAGCGCAAUUCCAAAGCAAUUGGAAACGCCAAACGGAAGAAAUUCGACACCAUCAGCAUUGUCCGAAACUUUAAGCAGUAACGUAAUUAUUGAUGAUCAGAUCUUCUACAGAAGUUCACGUAUGUGAAUUAAAUAAUAAUGACUUGCAAAAUGAUUCAUAUGAGAUUUUUUUUUAAGUAAUAAAACAAAGAAAAUGUACAUAUAAAUAUAAUUGAUUAUUAAUCAUAAAAAAUAAACAUGAAACUAUUUUAUUACUAUCACUUACUGUCACUUAGUUAAUGCUUUUUUCAGUUUUUAUUCACAAUGAAAAUUGAAAAUAUUUCUGAUUUUAUAGUAAAAGCAUUUGCUUAAUGGAAUUUAUAAUAAUAUAAUAUACUACUGUUUUAUUGGACCUUCUGCAAGAUCAAGUAACAAUUAUUCAUUUAAUUCUUCAAAGAAUUGCAGGUUUUUGAAAUUUUUUGGAAAU